AUGGACCGUGCGGACGGAUAUUGUCGGGCGGAAGCGGUAGGCACAUUGGUCCUCAAGCGCUUGGGAGAUGCAAUAAAAGAUCGCGACAAUAUUCAGGCAGUCAUCAAGAGUAUCAGUACCAACCACUCAGCCGAUGCUCGUUCCAUAACACAUCCACACGCAGGGACACAGGAGAAAUUACUUCGAAAGGUACUCCGAGAUGCUGGGGUGGAACCAUGCGAUAUCAAUUAUAUCGAAUUGCACGGUACUGGAACCCAGGCUGGCGACCUUCAAGAAACAACCUCUGUCGCUAACGUCUUUGGAAAUACCCGCUCCUCCAACAGCCCGUUAUAUGUUGGGGCGCUCAAAGCCAAUAUUGGUCACUCUGAAUCGGCUUCUGGGGUCAGCGCAGUGAUCAAGACGAUUUUGAUGCUUCAAAAGAGCACAAUACCACGGCACAUUGGCAUCAAGACCGCGCUAAAUCCAGCGCUCCCAGAUUUGCAAUCGAUGAAUAUACGCAUUCCGAUGGUCAAUACAUCUUUCCGACAAUUUGACGAUCAGAGCGACAGGCGUAGGAUCAUCGUCAACAACUUCAACGCGGCCGGAGGAAAUACAUGCUUACUAUUAGAAGACAUGCCCCGCACCUUGGCCACACGCAGCGACCCUAGAACGACACAGAUCGUGACUAUAUCCGCUCGGACGUCCAAAUCAUUAAUUCGGAAUCUACAGAACAUGGUUAGAUAUCUAACUACAAACGGCGACGCGAGACUGUGCGAUAUCGCAUAUACAACAACCGCGAGGCGUAUGCACCAUUCCUUUCGUACAGCUCAUAUCGCGUCAUCAGCUAGCGAACUCGUCAGUCUGUUGAACAAGGAGAUCAUUAGAUCUGAACGUGUGAACUCUACCAAGGCACCUGCAGUAGUCUUUAUGUUUACCGGACAAGGAUCGAUUUUCGCUGGUAUGGGGCAUCAAUUAUUUGCGACUUCUACUGUGUUUCGGGAGAGCAUACUCUCAUCGGACUCGAUUUGCCGCCAUCUCGGAUUCCCAUCCUUCAUGAAGCUUAUUCAAGACCCCAAUGUGGGGUUGGACCACUAUACUACAGUUCAAGCACAAUUGGGACAAGCAGCUUUGGAGAUUGCUCUUGCCAGCGCUUGGGCAUCUUGGGGAGUCAAGCCAACGGCUGUUGUAGGCCAUAGUCUUGGUGAAUAUGUUGCGCUGUGCCUUGCUGAGGUCAUCAGCAUCACAGAUAUGUUUUACCUCGUUGGACAUCGCGCUCUGCUAGUGCAGAAAUAUUGCCAGCAGGGUACGCAUUCGAUGCUCGCCGUUGCUAUGGACGAAUACGACGCACAACAAUCUAUCGCGGCGACGGGGUUGGAUUCAUGCGAGAUCGUUUGCCUGAAUGGCCCCACAUCUACAACCAUUACCGGACCGACGGCGGAGCUAAAAUCACUGCAUGAGCAUCUGCGCCAUCGCAACAUCAGAUUUACUAUUAUUGAUGUUCCUUACGCAUAUCAUUCUGUACAGGUACAGCAAAUUAUCCCUGAGUUCGAGGUCAUUGCUCGUCAGGUUCAUUACAGCGAACCCAAGCUGGACGUUAUCUCCACUUUGCUUAGCCAAACUGUCAGAGACCAUGGCGUCUUUGGUCCACAGUAUCUCGCAAGGCAAGCUAGAGAGCCUGUCAACUUCCUCGGUGCAGUAAAGAGUUAUGAGCGUGAAUUUGGAAAGCAUGAUAUGUUGUGGAUCGAAAUAGGCCCUCGGCCGACUUGCACUGCAAUGGUACGAUCCAUUGUCAAUAUUUCUCCGAACAAACUAAUUUCAUCCAUGCAUCCUAUGGAAGAUCAAUGGCGAACCUUGUCCGUGGGCCUCGCGGAAGCUUACAGAAGCGGGGCCAAUAUUGACUGGAAUCAGUUCCACAAAGAGUACGAAGAGACUUUGCAGCUUCUGGAUCUCCCGAAGUACGCAUUCGACCUACAGAGCUACUGGAUUCAAUACGAAGGUGACUGGAACCGCCAAAAAUCAUCGUCCAUCCAGGUUGCUCCUGUCGCUGAGUCUUCGUUCUCAAGCACCACGCUCCAGAAAAUUGAGAGUGAAGUGUUAUCAAACGGACAGAGAACCAUCACCUUUUCAUCCGACCUUAACGAACCCAAUUUGAAGGACGCUAUCAAGGGGCACCUUGUUGGUGGCUGCGCUCUAUGCCCAAGUUCUGUGUAUGCGGACAUGGCCUACAGUGCAGCUAAAUAUGUUUGGAAGCAAUCGCACCCAGGUCGGGAGGUUCCGGGCAUAAACGUCUCCGGCAUGAACAUUCACUCUCCCAUUAUUUUGCGAGAACAGUCAAAUCAACAGAUUCGAAUCACAGCAGUCCACGAGGAGGCUUCCACCAUGAUUCGGGUCACUUGUGGCCUAUCUUCGAGCAACGACACCUCGGCCGAGUGCUCAGUAUUCUACGAAGACUGUAAUCAAUGGGCGUCGAAUUGGGAAGAACAGGCUUAUUUUGUACACUCGGUGGCUGACCGGCUCAGAGCACAAGGAACGAACAACGGGUCUACUGAGCGAUUUCUUCGAAAGACCGCCUACAGGAUGUUUUCACGCCUCGUCGACUAUGGUCCCACUUACCAGGGCAUGGAUGAAGUCUUCCUUGACGGUGACAAGCUGGAGGGAUAUGCCAAGAUAAAACUUCAGCCGAAACCUGUUGCUGCCAAAUUUGGUAUUAAUCCAUAUUGGAUUGACAGCCUGGGUCACCUUUCCGGCUUCGUCAUGCAUGCCAGCUCGGACCAUAGCCAAGUGUACAUUUCGGAAGGAUGGGAGAGCAUGUGUUUGCUGACGCCUCUGUCUGAAUCCAUACCAUACCACGCAUACGUACGUAUGCUUCCAGUUCGAGGGCCUGACCGGGUGGCGGGAAACGUAUACAUCCUAUCUGAAUGCAAAAUAGUGGGUGUCUUCCAAGGAGUCAAAUUCCGAGCUAUGAAGGAGAAGGUUAUGAAAAUGGUUUUGGGAGUUCAGCCCGCCAGCAAUACCAACGCUUCACCCGUCGAUGGCGCAAAACUCCUACAGGUUUCAUCUACAAGUUCUUAUGCUUCUUCUGCGCCACCUGAGGAUAUACUGACACUUGUCGACUCAUGUAUCUGUUCCGAGACUGGGGUCGAUGAAAACGAAAUCACUGAGGAGACGUAUCUCGCGGAUCUGGGCAUCGAUUCGUUGCUUACGAUGUCAUUGCUUGCUAAGCUUCAAGAACUGGCCGAUUUGAGUAUUCCUAGUUCCGACUUCAUGGCAUUUGAGACAGUUGGAAAUCUGAGGCAAUAUGUGAGAAAAGUGACUUGCACCCCUGAUGCAACGGGCGUCAGCACCCCCGCUUCACCCCCUCUGUAUACGCCAAAGCGUGUCACCUCGCUCAACCUACCUACACAAGCGCCGAUUGCUUCGUCUGGAAGCAUGACUGCGUACUCUGCCCGAGCCACUUCCGUUGAGCUGCAAAAACCCUCGGAUUCCAAAGCAACGACAACACCGACAUUUUUUCUCCUCCCCGAUGGCUCUGGUUCCGCAACCUCAUACCUUAACCUCAAGCUCGAUCCUAGCAUCCGCAUUGUCGCGCUCAACAGUCCCUUCCUCCGCGAUCCGGAGGCCUUCCCAGCCGACCUACGCUCAGUCAGCCAGAUGUACGUCAGAGAAAUUCUGGCGCGGCAGCCUGAUGGCGAUUAUCUAUUGGGUGGCUGGUCCAUGGGCGCGGCCUAUGCAUAUGAAGCUGCGAAUCUGCUGGUCGCCAUGGGAAAGCAAAUCCGAGGGCUUGUCAUGAUUGAUCCUUGUCCACUAAAUCAAAGACCAAUGACUGCUCAGACCUUGGCGGUGCUGGAACAGGUGGGCGUGUUGGAUGAACUCGGCCAGGUAAGUGAUGCGACACAAGCCAUUGUUCGACGUCAUUUCGAAGCCAGUACGAAGGCACUGGCCAAGUAUACGCCAGGAGCACGUCGCGCGGAUUUCACGGUCCUCAUCGUGAGUGCGAGGAAUACAGUACUAGAGCGGCUUGGCAAGAAAGAAGGACAGGAAAUGUGGGAUAGGUAUCGAGAAGAGUGUGGGGAUGAUGAGGCGUGGCUGUUCUGGUCUCGGGAGGGCGAUACGACAUAUGGGUGGGCUGGGAUGUUUGACUCCGUUGUUCACGAGCAGAUCAGUGGGGAUCAUUUUUCGAUUAUGAAACAGACUCAGGUAUGUAUUGAGAGAGUGAGCGCUCUUUCUCCAUGGGAACAUAGAGCUGACAGUGCUUUUAGGUCUACGCGCUAA